CUAUCCUCCUCAUCCUCUUACACCGUCGUCCCCACUCAUCAUGAGCACACUGGCAUCACAAAAGACGACUGCGUGGAGGCAAGAUGAAUAAAACUAGAAGAAAAUUGACUUCCGAUGUUCAGUUGUCACCAUGAUGGCGCUCCUUAAGGUUCUUACAUUUUUAACUACCAUUCUGCUCGUCUCUGGAGACUUCGGAGGAGGAAGCCAUUCGCAUUUGCACUCAGAUCAACAAGGACGGCAAGGACGACAAGGUCGUCAGGGUGGAAGAGCGGCAGCACGAGGUGGCAUUGAUUUCACAGGAUGCCAGACCGAUCCUGAAACUGGUUUCUGUUGUAUCGAAAAGGACGAGACUGUUACUUCACUCAAAAAGGAUCCUAUUUUGGAGUGCACCCACAAAAACGUUGAAAAGUGUCAUUACACCUACGUGACACAAUUCGAAGCUGCUCAAGAAGAAGUGUGCGAAGAGAAUUUCGAGAAGUCGUGUCAAGUUACAUUCAAACAACAAGCCACUGAAGAAACUGUGAAAAAAUGCUACAAGCCUUUGGAAAAGGUAUGCAACGGCCAAGGUCCCGAGGAGUGCCGCACCGUGUAUGAAUCAUCUUGCACCACUAAGUAUGUCGAGAAACAACCCGGUAAGUUCGUGGGUGACACUCGAUGCGAGAAACUUCCGGUGGAGAUUUGUGGUGCCGGCUGUGUGACAGAGGAAGGUCCUGAAGAGUGCCAUGAUAAAACAAUCACAUCCCUACUUGAUGUGCCUGAGGAAGCUUGCGAUUUGAAUCCUCAAAAAACUUGUCGCUUCCAGACAAAGUUGGUGCCCAAGCUUGAACCAAAGCACGAAUGCACCAUAAUCCCACAAGAAACCUGCAACCUAAAGUUUACUUCACCGCAACAAGUUGAAAAACCUUUGAAGACAAAGUGGUGUCAAGAUCCUACUUCUCCUACACCUGAUGAGACCUACGACGAAUCUACCGCCAUUGCACCGCCAAUUCAAUUCCCACAAACUUCAACUGGCUCUCGCCCCGUCGGACAGCCCACAAUAUCUCAACCCCGUCCUCAACCAACAUUCAGACCGCAAACAACUCAGCGUCCCAUAUUUAAUCCACAACCAACUCAGCGCCCCCCCUUCAACCCUCAACCCACUCAGAGUCCAUUCGUUCCUAGACCAACCCCAAACCUUCCUGAGUACCAACCCCAACCGCCAACUCAGCUUUACAGUGCGUCCGACAUUCGAAGUGGGCGGAACAAUCCAUUCUUUCAAGGAACGGUUCCGAAUCAAAACGCUGUAUUUGGUCGACGAUUUAAACAACAAGGUUGAUUACACAUCACAACGAUUCUCAACGUACUUUGGAUUGGCACCUUGGGACAAAUCAUUCCAUCACAUCGUGAUACUUUUCUGCACAGAUCGAUGAUUCAAGCAUAUAUUUAUUUUCUUAUUUAUAUAAUUUUUUAUGAGUUCAUCAUUGCCUUCCAUUAAUAAAAGUUUUCUUAUGCCUGUCCAAAUUCAA